CUAUGCAACUACACACAAUUACACAAAAUUCUAUAAGCUGGACAAAUUUAAACUCAUCAAAUCGGCCACGAGCAUUGAGGAAAUUGCUGCAAUGGAACCGUCCGCUUGCGAAGGCGAGUUGGAGCCCACCCCAAAGGAAGACCUGAAGGCUUUCGAACGACGACUCACCGAAGUGGUUCUCUCGUACAGACCUCCGACGUUCCGAUGGCGCAUUCUACUGUCCGCCAUGUCGAUGUGCACGGCCAUCGGGGCCUGGUACUGGCUGAGGGAUCCACGCACCACAGUUGUGCCUCUGACGGAAUCCCUCUGGAUACACCCAAUCUUCACAGCGGCCACAGUAACCUUAAUUGUACUCUUUAUUUUAGGCAUACAAAAGUUGGUGAUAGCGCCGCAGAUCAUCACGUCGCGCACGCGUAAUGUGCUGGGAGACUUCAACAUGAGCUGCGAUGACACGGGGAAGCUGAUAUUGAAGCCCCGCCAAAGCAACAACAACAGCACAUGAGUCACCGACCGCUACGAAGACAAUCAAUUAGUUAAUGCAUCCAAAAACUAUCUAAAUAACUUUCCUCCAUGCCUAUUUUGUUCCGGACACUCUUGUUUUAUUCACGAAAUUUUAGCCUAUCUAUCCCCCUGGCCCCACACUACUCCCAUUUUCGUUUAGUUAUAUAAAAUUCAUUCUAAAAACAAAAAGAUUACUGUUAA